AUGGCCGACCCAUUGAGGCUGCUCCACGCCGCCGACCCGUUGCCUUUUGACGACCUCGACGACGACCGCUGGGCCUAUGCACGCCCUGUCCGCGCCGUCACAGCUGUUCUGCAAUAUGCCUACCCCAUCGUUAUGCUCGUCGUCUUCCUCGCCGCCUUCACCACCCGCAGCAUCGCCGCCUCCAAGUCUAAUACUAAUAUCGCCAAACCUACUACAACCGGCCCUGGAGGCAAACCACUGCCCGCCACCGACCCAACCCGCAAUUUUGUCAAGAGGACCCAGCACGACCAUGUCACGCACGCCCAAAAGAGACUGUUUGAAUGGCUCUCGCUCGCCACUGCUUUUACCUUUGUCGGCAAUUCCGUCCUCGUCGUCGCCCAUGCCCUGGUCGAGAAACAGCAGCACUGGUGGGCUGGCAAAGCCGUUGUGAUCUAUCUCGUGGGCUCCUUCUUCGUCUACUGUCUAUUCCUCAUCUCGCUCGUUGACUCGAAGCCCUCGCCCACAGAGGCCCAUCUGGCAACAUGGGUCCUAGCAACCGUCCUGGAAAUCGUCCUCGUCGCUCUCUCCUUGGCCAUCUACACGCAUCCCCACAAGGAGCCCACUGCAGGCCCGCCCCCCAAGCGCCUGCGCUUUGGAAUGACUGACUGGGAAGCCGGCGAGGUCGCCGUCGACCUGCUGCGCAUCCUCUUGUUGCUUUCCCUUAUCGGAUUCUACGUCAUGUUCGUCGCCAUGCCCCAACGAAAGGCGCACCAAGAUACGGCUUCGCCGACUGAGAGCACGUCCUUGUUGGGUGGCGCCGAUCAGAAUGGUCAUGCGGAAAAUGGUCACACCAAUGGUUCCUACGGCACCGUCCACCCAGUCGGUGGCAAACACCAGCACGCCGAGGGUGCACCGCCCGCUUGGAGCCGACCCACGGGUGCGCCUGCCCGCAGCUGGUGGGAGUACAUCAAGGGCUAUCACGUGUUUUUCCCCUACCUCUGGCCUUCCAAGGACGGCAAGUUGCAACUGGUUGUCGUUGCUUGUUUUAUGCUUGUUUUGGCUCAGCGCGUCGUCAACGUCCUGGUCCCGGAUUUGACGGGUGAAAUCGUCGACCGUCUCAAGGACCCCACCAAGGGCAAUCCGUGGACUGCCAUCAUGGUCUACAUUGCUUUUCGCUUUUUGCAAGGAAGCAAUGGCCUGCUCGGUGCAGCCCGCUCCGCAUUGUGGAUUCCCGUCUCGCAGUACUCAUACCGUGAAUUGUCUGUUGCGGCAUUUGAGCACGUGCACAGCCUUAGUCUCGACUUCCACCUCGGCAAGAAGACCGGUGAGGUCCUGUCCGCGUUAGGAAAGGGCAGCUCCAUCAACACCUUCCUCGAACAAGUCACCUUCUCCGUAGUGCCCAUGCUUAUCGAUCUGGCCGUUGCCAUCGCCUACUUCCUCGUCCGAUUCGAUGCCUACUAUGCCCUUGUCAUCGCCAUUGUUACCUUCUGGUACAUCUACCUGACGAUCCGCAUGGCCCAAUGGCGCGCUGAAAUCCGCCGUGAAAUGGUCAAUGCUGACCGAGAGGAAGAUGCAGUCAAGAAUGACUCAAUGGUAUCCUAUGAGACGGUCAAAUACUUCAACGCCGAAGCUUACGAGUUCAACCGUUACCGUGAAGCGGUCAGGAAGUACCAAAAUGCCGAGUACAAGGUCAUGCUCUCGCUGAACAUUAUGAACAUUACCCAAAACAUGGUCUUCAUGGUCGGACUUCUCGUAACUUGCUUCAUCGCAGCAUAUCAAGUUGCCAUUGGCGAUCUAGAGGUCGGCAAGUUUGUCACGCUCAUCACAUACAUGGGCCAGCUGCAGAGUCCCCUCAACUUCUUCGGCACUUUCUACAGGAUGAUCCAGUCUGCUAUGAUCAAUUCGGAGCGAAUGCUUGAGCUCUUCAAGGAGCAACCCACUGUAGUCGACAAGGAGAACGCGCAACCCUUGGUGUCUUGCGAAGGUAAUCUCCGCUUUCAGGAUGUACACUUUGCCUACGAUCAGCGUAAACCCGCACUGACCGGUCUCGAUUUCCACUGCAAACCCGGUACGACGACUGCGUUUGUCGGUGAGUCUGGCGGUGGUAAAUCGACCGUGUUCCGUCUGCUAUAUCGUUUCUACAACACCAUGUCUGGCAGCAUCCAAGUCGAUGGACAUGACGUAGAAGAUUUGACCAUCGAUUCGGUCCGUAGCCAUAUCGGUGUCGUGCCUCAAGAUACUGUUCUUUUCAACGAGACGCUCAUGUAUAACCUCAAGUAUGCCAAUCCAGAGGCAACAGACGAGGAUGUGUACGAGGCGUGCAAGGCUGCAAGCAUCCACGACAAAAUCAUGACUUUCCCAGAUAGGUACAACACCAAGGUUGGUGACCGCGGUCUGCGGCUGUCAGGAGGUGAGAAACAACGCGUUGCCAUUGCACGCACCAUCUUGAAGAACCCGCGAAUCAUCAUGCUUGACGAAGCAACGGCCGCUCUUGACACCGAAACGGAGCAGCACAUCCAAGAAGCCUUUACGACCUUGGCAAAGGGCCGAACAAUGCUCAUCAUUGCUCAUCGUCUCAGUACCAUUACCCACGCUGACCAGAUUCUUGUUCUCCACAAGGGCAAGGUCCAAGAACGUGGAACGCAUGAGGAACUCCUUGACCGAAAUGGUCAUUACGCUGCCAUGUGGAAGAAGCAGAUUCGUGCACAGCGAGCAGCCGAGCAGGCUCAAUACCUCAAAGACAAGGCCGAUAGGCUCCGUCGGGAAUCCAAGGAUGGAAGCAUUGGUCUCGAGGAUGGAAGCAGUAGCCAUUCCAGUUCCGAUGACGAGAAUGCGAGAAGAAGACGCUCGACAGCGCAGAAUGGAUCCCACCAAGAUGGAAGCUCAAGCAAACCGCAUGGGCAUCCUUAG